AGUCUGAGAAGAAAAACAAGAGGUUUCAUAUGAUUCUGCUACCUGCAACAUGAGAACCAGGUGCUGCUGCUUCUGUAUCUGUGUGUUUGCAGUAUUGUUAAACAAAGCAUGUCUGCAGGUCACUAUUGAGGGUAAAGUUGGAGGCUCUGCUGUCUUGCCCUGUUCUACUAUUGACAAUGGCCUUAAAAAUGAAGAUAUAACGGUUUACUGGAGACAUAAUAGCAGCCAAAAUGUUUAUGACAUAAUUGAGGGUAAAGGGUCAGUGGAGAAGCAGGACCCGGCAUACAAGAACAGAGCUGGAACCUUCCCUAAUGAGUAUAUGAAAGGAAACUUCUCGCUCAAACUCAACAACAUUCAAUAUAAUGAUGCCGGAAAGUACGUCUGCUACAUCACAAAGGCAUAUCAAAAUCCAAGCAUGCAGCUCUUUGUCAAAGACAGAGGAAACCAUGGAGCAGCAACAAGAGCAGAGAGGAUUGUGUCUUUUUUAAUUCUGCUCCAUAUUCUGCAAUAUAUUUGACUUAGAAUGAGGUGUGUGAUGUGUAUGAGCUGCGCAUAUACUAGUAUAUGUAGUAGUGUAUAAAUCAGGAACAGAAAAUGUCCUUCCGUAGCAAUCCAUUAGCCAAUCUUCUAGCAUGUGCAAAUAAGGGCUAAAUUUACUAACCGCUUGUGCCAGCGCAAUCCGUCUUUUGGAAUUAAAAUAGUAGGCUACUGUCAGGAUUUACUAAAGAUGCGCAGUGAAUAAUUAGCGCUGAAAAGGCGUGGACACAAG